AUGGAGCGUUCAGCUUCGGGGCCAAAGACCCUUUUCCCCAAGGGACCCAGCUUCACAUUGGAAAACUUCUCCAAUAAGGACUUCAUUGUUCGUGAUUUUGUUGAUAGCUUAGCUGAGACUGUCGCGCCAUCCAACCGCCGCUCCAAUCCGACACCUCAAUCUACUACUUUCGACCCCAAGCCUCUGAUCCGCACCUUUGAGAGUGCCCUCUCACAACUAGGGCAGCUUGAAAGCGACCUACAAGAAAAGGAAACCGAGAUCCUGACACAAGUGCGCCGCGCUGAGAUACAACAUGAUCAGACCCUCGACGCCCUAGGCAACAAACUCGAUCAAUCGAUGACCCAGUUCGAAGCCCUUGAUAUAUCUUUUAACAAGGGAAACGUCAGUGAAGAAGACAUCAUCAGCAGGUCAGAUGGGGGAGGAAUUGUUGCUGUGCAAAUCGGCGAGAAACUUGAAGAGCUGGAUCGAAAACGAAGACGGGCACAAGACGCCAUUUUCCUGAUCCAAUGUUGGAAUGAGGUUAGCGAGACAGGGAAGCUAGGCUCCCUGCACGAUAUACAACGGCAAGGUGGCGCCGACAACAAAAUUCGAUGUGCUGUCAUAGCUCGCCAGUUGAUGCGAAUCAGCCAGCGGUUAGACCCGACCUCAUGGGGCCAAACGAACGGAGUUCGUGGCACCGUUUCCAACGGAGUGACGGGCACUAACAAGAAUCAUAAUACACGAGAGGCUCUGGAAAAGUUCUGUGAGACUCUGGAACAAGACUUGCUCCAGCAGUUCAACAAUAGCUAUCGCCGACAAAAUUUCGACGACAUGAGGGAAUGUGCCAAAGUAUUACAAGACUUUAGUGGAGGAUCAAGCGUAAUCGCAACUUUUGUAAACCAGCAUCAAUUCUUCAUCGACCGCGACCAACUCAUGAAUGACGAAGUCACCGCCGACGGUGAAACGUGGGACCAGCUGGCAGACCCCGACCAAGAAUCUCCUGGAAUUGAACCGUCUCUUCAGUCUCUCGUUGACGAGGUUAAAUUGGUCAUGCAGGAGGAAUCGUUCAUCAUAAAGCGGGCCUUCCCGUACUAUGAGAUCGUCUUGGUCAAGUUUAUCCAACGAGUGUUCCAACAGUCCAUCCAGCAACGUUUAGAGAAGGUCUUGGAUAAAGCCGAGACUAUAUCUUCGCUGGCGUUUCUGCGAUCUCUACAUGCGUCAAGAAGUUAUAUCAACGCAUUGGUGGAGGAUUUGAAGACCCAUGGACUGACAGAGCACCCAGAGCCAUGCACUGCCCAAAUCGCUCAGACAUUGGACCAGCAGAUGGAGGAGCUUUUUGUUCCUUACAUGGUUGGAAAUACGUACAUAGAGCGAGAGAAGAGGAGUCUCGAGGAAAUGUACGGGUCGCUGUUGUUCAAAUACUCAAUUUUCCAUUCCCGGAGGAAGAAGGUGCCAACUGGAUUCAUGGCCUCGCUAGCGCAGCAGGGCACGCAGCUUAUCUCUGCAGCUAAAGAUGCCUACAUCGAAAGACUUGAGUCUUCUGAACUCACGGCAACCCAGAAAGCUAUGAUGUUGCGAGUUGCCGGAAUUGUGGACAGAGAGAACAAGAACGAAAUUGAGGUUUCAGACGAAGAUGGCACACUCAGCAUCGCCAAUGCAAAGAGAAUGCUAAAGUGGCUAGCAGAGAGUGUCCAACGCACCCUGGAACUUGGCUCACAGGCAGAGACACCUAAAGAUGUCAAUGUUUUGCUCAGCCUACUACUGACUAACAUGGGCGAGGUUUACAUUCACACUAGCCUUGACGCAGCAUUCUACCAGGCUAGCUUUCUUGAAAAUUCGAAGACUGAACCAGACAUGUCAUAUAUGAUGCAGAUUCAAUCAGCCGUCUCUAUUACUGCGAUUAUGGAUAGGUUCAUCACCGUUGUUCUGAUCCGACUUGCAGAGUCCAGCGCCACUGUGAGGAGGAAUAUGGAAGCGCAAAAGAAAACCGGCGUGGAUUCGAUUGAGAAGAAAACAAACAACGUUAUCAAGGCUUCUAUUGACGUGAUCUCAAACUGGACAACAAAGGCGCUCAGCACCCAGAAGAAGCAAGAUUUCCGUCCCCGAGACGGAGCGCUGGAUUCACUCCAGACUUCGACCUGUUCUGCACUGUGUACAUUCUUGAGUCGUGUUCACCAGAAUGCAUCGAAAGCCAUUGAUGGGCAGAAUGCCGAAAAGUUCUUUAGUGAGCUAGCGCUGGUUAUCCUUCAACACCUUUUUGACCACUUCAAAAAGUUCCAGGUCAAUGCGACUGGUGGUUUGAUGGUCACUCAGGACAUUUCAAAAUAUGUCCAAACACUGAAGGAAUGGUCUCUCAGUAAGGACAUAGCGACUACGGUCGAGAUGCUAACCGAGAUUGGCUCACUCUUCAUCGUUGGGCCUGAAGCUUUGAAGGAAAAAUCGCGAGCGUUGUCAUCUGCACAGUCUUCAUCGACACGAGGGAAGCUGACCAAGGCCGACUUCAGAGCCUUCGUGCAAAAGCGUGAUGACGCGGGUUCUGUUGGCAUUCAAGGCGUCUUGGCUGGUCUGUGA